AUGGAAAAUGCUAGUCCAUGCCAAAUCCGUCCUAAACGAACCCCGAAAAAGAACUUAAAUCCACUGCAAAAAGGAAUCAGGGAGUUUGUCACCAAUCAUCUCCCGCCGUCAUUACUAUCCCAGUAUGACCUAUCACUUGAAGCACUAGUUUCUUCAUUUCCGAAAAGAUAUACGGUCUAUGAGCCAAUGCUUCUUCUGCCGUUGAACGCGUUCACACACCCUCCCGCCUGGGGUUCGCUCUAUGAGAGUCUGUCCAACGAGCAGCGACAGCAUCUUUAUGGAUCCAUUGUUGAUUCAUUUGGUAGCAUGGGUGUAACGCAUGUUGCUAUCAAUGCACCGAUUGUACCUCUUGACUCUAGGGGAGAGGAGAACCGAAUGCGAAGUCCUGUGGGGUUAGUUCCCUUGCAUGGGGUCUUCGGGUGCACGCCUUCAGAGGACGGUGGAAAUGAUCGACCCUCGGAGACAGACUAUGGGCAAUCAUUCUGGGUGAAGACGGUACAAAACCAUGGGAUCGUCCAGAUCUGGGCUCCCCUGUACACCAUGUUUUCACGCGGUAAUAUUACCGAAAAGGCCCGUAUUCUGGGCCAUGGCUCUGUUUUUGAAGGCCUGGAUGAUGCCUCGCUUGGUGAAAGCAUUAAGGACAUUGCCGUAGUCGACAUGUAUGCUGGCAUUGGCUAUUUUGUCUUCUCAUAUUUGAAACGCGGAGUGCAAAGAGUUUGGGGGUGGGAGAUCAAUGCAUGGUCGGUCGAAGGCCUCCGGAGAGGCUGUGUUGAGAACGGAUGGGGCUGCAAGGUGUUUGAAGUGAAAAACAGUGGUCAGUUGAAUGUGCCAAUUUCAGAAGUGGUGGAUGGCCUUCGGGAUUCCGAUAGAGUGGUUAUAUUCCACGGCGACAAUCAAUUUGCCGCGCGCAUUUUGAGUGAAAUCCAGAUGAUUAUGGAGAGUCGAAAAGUGUGGAACAAUAUCAGACAUGUCAACCUGGGACUUCUACCGUCUUCUAGCUUUUCCUGGGAGAAUGCGUGCAAAGUUAUGGACAAAUCUAGAGGUGGAUGGGUCCAUGUGCAUGAAAAUGUUCACACCCAGGAAAUUGACAAGAAGAUGGGCGAAAUAGUGGGCAAUAUUGAGGAAUUUUGGACCCAGAGUCUCCCCAAGUGCAAUGACUUGAGGCCAAGAACUAAUUGCCUUCAUGUUGAGCAGGUCAAGACUUAUGCACCAGGCGUGAUGCACUGCGUGUUCGAUAUAAGGUUAUCACCCUACGAGAGUCUUGACAUCGGUGUAUCAUGA